AUGCUCGUCCUCCUCAAAGCACCUCUCCUUUGCUUCUACCUGCUCUUCUUCUUGCUUGCAGACAGCUUCCUACGCUUGACGCUUGGACUUGCGCAUCCUCCCACGUUUCGUACCCUCAGAUCUGCAUGGGCUCGUGGUCUGCUCUUUGUCCUGGGCUUCCCGCAAGUCUCUAUCACUUAUGAUGGACGCAAACGGAAGCCUAUCCAGCGAGAUGAUCUUGUGGUUUCCAACUGGAGUAGCCCGGUGGAUAUCUUACUACUGGUCUACUUGAUUCCUGAUGCACUCUUUGUUCAGUGUACGGAUGCCUCAGAGAUGCUCUACAAGACACGUUCAGCACUUGACAUGGGAAUUGAUGCAUUGAGCAUGCCGACCUUGACGCAUCGUUCGAAAGGUCAAUCACUCGCUGAGCUCAGGCGUGUUUACAAGGAUCGUGUCUUGGUCCUUUUCCCAGAAGCAACACCUACUAAUAAUCGGGGACUUUUGGCAUUCCAGCCAGUGAUUGCAGAUGAGGCUUACGUUGUUGGGAUACGCUACGGUACACCGGCCUGUCUCACUUCGCCCAUUCCCAACACUGUCAAAUUUCUAUGGGCUUGCUUUUCUGUCUUACGGCAUGAAGUGCGGCUCAAAGUAUCAGCAGGGCCCGUGUUGCAGGCGGAUUGGGAGGAGACGAUGGCGAGGUGUGCACGUAUUUCACGAACGAGACUGGCUGUGGCGGAUAAGCUUGCCUUUCUGGAUGCUUGGGAGAGGAGAUAG